AUUAAAACAAUAUGUCACAAACAACAAUUUCACAAGUAAGCAAUAUUAUUGCUACAACUACAUGUAUAGGAGUGGCUUCAGCAUCAAGUUUGGUUGCAGGAGUUGUAGUAGGAGUAGUAGGAUUAUCAAGAGGAGAUCCUCCUUUAUCUAAAUGGAAUUUAAUGAGAGGAUGUGUAACAGGAUGUGUAGCAGGAGGAAUAAGUGGGAGCACUGCAGGAUAUACUUUUGGAAUUCUAGAGGGGUGUGUCUAUAAAUUGAUUGGAUACUAAGAAAAAAAUAUUAUUGAAAUAACUAAAAGUAGGAGUAGGACUGGUGCUUACUGCUGUAUAUUUGGCCUUAUAGGAGAACCUAUAGGAGUAGGUCUAGGGUUGUUUUUGAUAGAAAUGAUUUCAGGUUUUGGUCGAAAAUUUUCUAAUGAAAGACAAGCGAAAGAAAAAGAAAAAGAAAAACUUGAAGAGGAAGAAAAUGAAAAAGUUGAAAUUUUAGAGAUAGAAAACAAUAAAGAGGAAGACGAUGAAGUUGAAAUUCUGUAUAUAGGAAGUAAUAAUGAGAAUGAGGAUAACAAUUAAAUAACUUAAUAAGAUUGA